AUGGAGUCAUACCAAAAGCCACCGAAUCGGUCCAAAAGCCACCGAACAAGAAAACCGGUAAGACGUGCCUCGUCCGUGCAUCUACUGAACGAUUUGCAACAUCAUCAAACAGCCGAGCUGCGUGAAUUUUUUCGUCUCAUCGACACGAACAACACGGGCGAAAUAGGCAGGGAAGAUAUACGCACUAUGCUGACCCUGUGCAACGGUACCACCCCGACGGAAGAGCAACUGGAUGAGAUGCUGCGUGAUGCUUGCGGUGUCCCGCUCAAUCAAACGCUACUCCUCACAUUGUUCGCGCAAAAGCUGCGAGACAUCGAUACGCCGGAGACGAUCCAAAACGCCUUCCAAUGUAUGGAUAUAGACAACGUUGGCACAGUGAGUGCCGAGGAGUUGCGCGUUUGGCUCGUCACGAAGGGUGAGCAACGGCUAACGGACGCGGAAGUGGAUGAAAUAUUCUCGCGGAUGACGAUCAAGGAUGGUCGGCUAGAAUACGAUGCAUUCGCAAAGAUGUUCCUGGACAUUCAGUCGCUGCUCGGGAACGGUGAAGUCAACAUGCGGUCGGUAUCCGGUCACGAACGUGCAGCACGAAUGUGGGUUAGUGUGCUCAGGGCAGUCGGUGGUAGGAUGCGGUUUUCGGUACCGUUGGUGUCGUGUUUGCUGCUGCUGAUCGUAACCGAUCGUACGUGUGCUAUCAGCUACCGGAAGGACACGGGAUUCACCACGGACGGUGUGGAUCAGUUCGUGUUCCGGGAGCCUUCGACGGGCGCGAGAGAUCCUCCUUCCGGUGCCCAGUUUACCCCGUUGUACACACACAACGCCCCACAGGUGAAACGUUCCGGACGAGUCCGCUUCGGCGAUGCUCCCGACGCGGCGCCAUUUAAUGGUGGCGUGAAGAAUAACUUCUUCGGAACGGGAUCCGUAACUAGCGUGGAUUCGUCACCUGCUGCUUCAUCAUUUCCACAACGCGACCGGGACAGUGACCAGUUCUAUACGGUCGGUGCCUCGAUACAGUUUGCGGGCAGUGGAGGAGACACAAUAACGCCACCUCCACCACUACCUCCAGUAGGCAACCGCCAGAAACCAAAACGAAAGAAGAACAAGUACAACUACGUAGCGAAUGAUAAGAUCUACAACGCGGGUGAUGGUACGGAACAGGGUCAGCUUUCUUCCUACGGUGGCUACGGAGAACCCCAGCGAUAUACUCCACCGUUGCAAGGCAACUAUCUGACAUCGAAUGGAGCUCGUCCGCAAGGUGAACAGUAUGAUCCCGCUAUAUUAAACUACCCUGAGCUACAGAGACCACAGUAUCCGUUUAGCAUCGGAACGCAAUUCCCUGGAAGUAAUUACUACAACACCCAACAGCAGACAGUGUCCGGGGCGGGAACUGGCUCUUAUAAUCCCUACCAAUACCAAUACCCCGGAACGUACGCUUCAGAUGCCUCGUACACCAAUCCCUACCAGCAAGCGUACUAUCCCCCGCAUCCGCAACAACAGCUGCCGGGAGCUUCCGGUUUAGGCCAACCGCCCAACGCGCAAAGUAUUCUCGGCGUGCUACAGAGCAUCUUCAACUUUGCACCGGGCACGUUCGGAUCGCUCACUGCGCCCGGAACUCGUCCGGGCGGUGCUUUUUCCAGCCCUCAAGCAUCUGCCGGCGGGUUUGGUGGUGUCGGAGGGCAGCUACGCCAGGCGCUGGACAACAUAUCCGAAAACGAUGAACUACAGUGCGUGCCGAAGUUGGUCUGCAUGAUGUCGCGGAGUUCCAGUGGGCAGGGAUUCAGCAGCUAUGUGAACAGGGGUCUACUGUCCACCAUUCUCAGUGCCGUGCCGGACAGCUCGCCAUGGUUAAAGUUUUCCCGGGCAGCGCUGCUGGGUUACGGGAUCGGAGCAAACAGCUGCGAUGCCUACUAUCCCAAGUGUCCGAAGGAUGAAAUGCAGAUCCUGUACUACCUGAACAACCAUCGGGGUGGAUUUUUCCGGUUCUUCAGUAACGGUGAGCAGGGCCCACAGCAUCAGCAGCAGCAACAAUACGGAUAG